AUGGAAGGAUUACAUGAUUUAUAAAAAUAGUAAAUAAUACAUCGUGAUUUGAAACCUGCUAAUAUACUAUUUGAUAAAAACAAUAACGUUUUUAAAAUUUCAGACUUUGGAUUUGCUAGAAUUGCUUAAAAUUAAAAUUUUCUUAUGGAUUCUUUAGUCGGAACUCCUCUUUAUAUGUCCCCUUAAAUACUUAAAAACUAAAAAUAUUCAGCUAAAUGCGAUAUCUGGAGUAUUGGUUUAAUAUUUUAUUAGUUAAUUUAUGGAAAAACUCCAUGGCCAUGUGCCACUAUUGUUGAUUUAGUCCAAAAUAUGUUCGAAAGUCCUUUAUAAUUUCCAAAAUUAGGAUAGUUCGGUGAAAUUAUUGAUGAAAAUAUUAAAUUAAUUAUAAAAGGAUGCCUUUAAUUUGAAGAAAAUGAAAGGUUUUCAUUACAAGAUUUAUUUGAAUGUUUUUUAUUUUCAGAUAAGAAAGAUAAUUUUAAUAAAAAUAAUGACUCAAUAUAUUCUUUUGAUUCGAAAAAAAAGUAAUGUCCUAGUAAGAAUAUACAAUUAAAUGUGGCAUCUAGUUCUUCAAAAAAUUAUGAUAUAUUAAAUAUACCAACCGCAAAAACAGUAUAUGUAAAAUUAAUCUUUGAAUAUGUCCUAUUAGAGUUAAAGUUAAAUAGAUACAUCUGA